AUGAAGCCAGAUGAAAAUGAUCAUUUGCUAAAUCAUUUAAAUAUACCUGUUAAUCAAAAUCGAUUGCAUCCUUCAAGAACAGUUCCUACAACUCCAUUAGCUUAUAAUAAUUAUCAUGCCCAAGGUAACUAUAAUUCAGUUCAAUUUAAGCCAACACCAAUUCCGUUAAAGAAAAUAAAAUCACUUGGUAAAUUAGAUGUUAAAUCUCCGAUUUUAAAAUCGUCAAUUUUAUUAUCUCCAAAUGUUGAUUAUUUUAAUUAUAAGAAUAACAAUAGUGAUGCUUACUCAUUGAAAAGUAAUGCAGAUUCAAUAAAGUCCAAAUUUUUAAACUUUAUAAAUGACAAGGUAAUCCUUGAGAGUACAAGUUUUUAUAAUGAUUUCACAACAAUUGAUUGGACAAAUGCAUAUUUAAACUCAAAUAAAUUCAAUUAUGAUCUAAAAGAUGGUGAUAAUAAAGUGCCACUAUACGGAAGAGUUUACUAUCUACUUGGAAAAUACCUUUGUUUAAUUUUAAUUGGUGUUUCAUUUGCUUUAUUAGCUUAUUUGAUUGAUAAAUUUGAAAUUUUAUUAAUUAAUUUGAAAUUUGGUUAUUGUAAAUCAAAUUUUUUUGCGUCAGAAAUUACAUGUUGUAACGAAGAUUUUAAUGGUGAUGGAGUUUGUCCACAUUGGGUUUCGUGGUCAAUUUAUUUUCAUCAACAAUCACCUUAUUUCAAUUAUUUUUUAUACACUUUUUUGACAAUUACAUUUGCAUGUAUAUCAUGUCUCAUUACAUUAACUACAAAGAUUAUUCAUAAAUCAAGAACCAUAUAUACUGCAUCAGGAUCAGGUGUACCUGAAGUAAAAACAAUUUUAUCGGGAUUUAUUAUUAGAAAAUUUUUAGGUUUUUAUACGUUGAUCUCGAAAACUAUUGCCUUGAUUCUUGCAAUUGCAUCUGGAUUAUCAUUGGGUAAAGAAGGUCCCUAUGUUCAUUUAGCUACAUGUUUAGGAAAUAUUAUAAUCAGAUGGUUUCCAUUUAUAUAUAAUAAUGAUUUAUUUACAAAACAAAUUUUAUCAGCAAGUGCAUCAUCAGGGGUAACAUUGGCAUUUGGGAGUCCAUUAGGAGGUAUUCUUUUUAUUCUUGAAGAGAUUAAUAAUUAUUUACCAUCACUGCAAUUGUUUCAAAUUUUCUUUUGUACAAUAAUCUCAACAUUAUUUUUAAAAAUUUUAAAUCCUUAUAAUACUGGGAAAAUUGUAUUAUUUGAAUUGAGUUAUGAUCCAAAUUUGAGUUGGAAAUUUUAUGAAUUGAUAUUUUUUGUUAUUAUUGGUAUUUCUGGUGGUAUUUUUGGAAGUUCUUUUGUUAAAUUUGUAAAAUGGAAAAAGAAAUUAACUACUUCAAGUUUUCUAUUUGAUGUAUUAUUAAUUGGUGCAAUUACAGGUUUAAUAACAUUUUGGAAUCCAUAUUUAAAGCAAGCAAAUACAGAAUUGAUUCUUGAUUUGGCAACUUCAUGUAGUGAAGAAUUAGAUCAUUCAUUAUGUCCAAGAACAGAUUUACAAUAUUUAAAAGAAUUAAAAUCUUUGGUAUUUGCAUUUAUAAUCAAAGUGUUUUUAACAUUCAUUACUUUUGGUUUAAAGAUUCCUCAUGGGAUAUAUAUACCAUCAAUGGUGAUUGGAGCAUUAUUUGGAAGAAUAAUAUCAAUGUUUUUCAAUUAUUUUUUUAACUUUAAUUUAGAUUUUGGCAUUUAUGCUAUUAUAUCAGCUGGUUCAUUUAUGGCUGGUAUUACUCAUAUGAAUAUAACAUUGGUGACAAUUUUAUUUGAGUUGACUUCUAGUUAUAAUUUUAUACUUCCUAUUUCUAUAUCAAUUUCAAUUGCAAAUUGGAUUGGAACAAUUAUUGAGAAAAAUUCAUUAUAUGAAAUGAUAUUGGAAACCAAUGAUUAUCCAUUCAUGAAUGAGUUAGAAACAGAGACAAUAAAUCCAAUAAUAAGAAUUAGUGACUUGAUAAAUGAUUUUGGUUUUUUUAUUGAUAUUACAAAGAAUAAAACUAUAUCAUUUGAUAAAUUGAAUAAGAUAAUACAAAGCAAGAAUGACAAUGAGGAAAGAGCAAAAUCAAUUGAUGAUUUCUAUAUACCUAUUUUAAAAGAAGAUACAUUUUAUGGAUUAAUUUAUUUCUUGGAUCUUGAAAUUUAUCUAGAUAGAGUUAAUGAAUUUAUGAUUGGAAAGGAUUUAUGUCAGGAUAUAAAAUCAAUUCAUUUUAAUUUAGAGGAAAUAAUUAGUUCAAACUUGAAUGAAAAUAUAAUUAACAAUUUAGAUACUUCAGAUAUUGAUUUGUUUAAAAGUUUAGUGGAUUUGUCAUUUAUCAUUAAUAAGAGUCCAAUAUUCUUAAACUAUGAUCUGGAACUAAGUUUGGCUAAUUUGAUAUUUGAUAAGAUUGGUUGUAAAGUGAUUGUAAUUCUUAAAGAAGGUAAAUUUUAUAAUCUUUUACAUAAGAAAAGACUAAUUGAUUAUUUGAGGAAAGAGAAUAGUUAG